UCCUCCCCGCCUCCGCCGGCCAUGCUGCGGAGCGCCCUCGCGAGAGCAAUCCCGCUCCUCUCCGCUGCCACCACCGCCCGCGGAUUCACCAAGCCGAGGAGCCCUCCUCUCCUCUUCUGCGGAGGUUCGCGUAUCUCCACCUCGCGGGACGGCAGCAGCAGAGACGGCGGCGGUGAUGGCGUUGAUGGCGAGGAGGAUGAUCCCUUCUCGUUCCCGGACCUCCAGAAGCUCCCGGCGGACGUCGCCCGCGACGUGGACGCCGUCGUAGGCGCGGUCGAGGGGUUCCACUUGGACGCCGCGCGGGCCAGGGGCCUCCUGGGGAGGUGCGGCGCCGCGGCCUCCGAGCCGGUCGUGGUGGCUGCGCUGGCCCGCCUCCGCAACAGCUGCGCCGCGGCGCACGCCGCGUUCCGGUGGGCCUCGGAGCAGCCAGGGUACGCGCCCGGGCGGCGCGAGUGCCACUCCAUGCUAGCCAUCCUCGCGAAGCACCGUCGAUUCGACGACGCACGCGCCCUGCUCGACAAAAUGCGCCGCUCGUCGCUUGCGUCGCCGGCCGCUGUACUUCUUCUCAUACGGCGCUACUGCGCUGCGCGUGAUGUCGCGAGCGCCGUCGCGGCGUUCCGUGCGCUCCCGAGCCUUGGUUUCCGGGCUGGUGUCUCUGAGUUCCACGGUCUCCUGAGCGCACUAUGCCGGUACAAGAACGUCCAGGAUGCGGAGCACCUGCUGCUGUCCAGCGAAAAGGAGUUCCCUUUCGAGACCAAGAGCUUCAACAUUGUGCUAAAUGGCUGGUGUAACAUGGUCCGCUGUGUGCGUGAGGCGAAGAGGUUUUGGAAUGCCAUGGAAAUUAAAGGUAUUGAAAAGGACGUUAUAUCAUAUGGGAGUAUGAUUUCGUGCUUCUCCAAAGUCGGCAGCUUGGACACUGUCAUGAAGCUCUUUAAUCGCAUGAAAGAGGCUGGUAUUACACCAGACAGGAAAGUCUACAAUGCAGUCGUGUACACACUCGCCAAGGGACGGUGUGUGGAUGAGGCAAAGACGCUUGUCCGGAGCAUGGAGGAGAAGGGGGUUGCCCCUGACACAGCCACUUUCAACUCCCUCAUUAGGCCUCUUUGCAAGGCUCGUCAGAUUCAGGAGGCAAGGGAAAUGCUUGAUGAUAUGUUAGGGAGAGGACUGUCGCCUUCUGUGAGGACAUUUCAUGCGUUGUUUGAUGUGGCUAGAAGCCCCAUUGAGGUGUUUGAUCUGUUGGAUAAGAUGAAAGCAUUGCAGUGCGAGCCAGAGAUGGACACUUACAUUAUGUUGAUCAGGAAGUUCUGCCGGUGGAGGCAGCAUGACAGUGUGGAGAAGCUCUGGAGCGCAAUGCCUGCAAAUGGGCUAACCCCUGAUCGGAGUGCAUACAUUGUAUUGAUACACGGUUUAUUCCUUAAUGGGAGACUAGAGGAGGCCGCGAAGUAUUACGGAGAGAUGAAAACUAAGGGAUUUUCACCUGAGAAGAAGACUGAAGAAAUGAUACAGGCUUGGCUUUCAGGCAGAGAACUUGCCAAGGCGUCUGCUUCAGUGAGGUCAAGGGGUGAUUUAGUGUCUCUCAGACCACAUCCUAGAAAGUGAUCGGGCAAUUGCUCUUAAAAAGUAAUUUAUGAAAAAAAUAUGAAGAGGGAGAGGAAGAUUUAUUUUGUUCUUUAUGAAGAUGUGGUAGAAAAAUCGAAGAGAUUUUUCUUCUUUUCUGGGCUAAAGAAAGAGAUGCUCUAUGGCUGCUUAAAACAAGAGAAGCUGAUUGUUCUCUUUAUCGCACCUCUGACGGUAACUACUUUAGUGCCGUGGAUAUGAAGAAUCUUAUGUUAGCACAUUGGAUAUGAAGCUGGGAUUGGUUUGCCACUACCCUGGUACUAAUCUAUACAUUAAAUCAUUACAAGGUGAGAGCUUACCUGAACUCCAUAUUAAUCCAAUCUGUCCACCUUGUGGCCUAAAAUAUUGUCUACUUGCUAGUUGCUUCAACCAUACUGAUGAUAAUAUAUGGUAUGAGUCAAACACCUUAUCCUUGUACACCUGAAGACCUUUGUUACAUUCUGCUGGAUAUACUCAUCCUGCCCUCAAGUGGUUUGUUCUGUCAUUUGUCGAUACAUAUAUUUUUUAUCUUCUCCCACCCUGAAAUAUUUCAUAUGCCAUCCUGAUGAUGGCGUUAUCUCGCAACCAGAUGCAAGUUGGUUUAAAUUUUAUCUCAAGAGACGAUGACUGAUGAACUGAUACAUUUCUGGGAAAAUGGAAGAGCCCACUUUCUGUGUGCAACUCGCAGUCAUGCUUGCCAUGAUUCUGUUCAGUGUCUUUUUCAUGUUAUCUAUCUAGUUGCAAAGCUAGUGUCGCUAACUCAUGUGUGUCAUGAUGCGACUGACAUAGUGC